AUGGAGAAAAUUGCCCUGUGGCGCGGUCUAGGCGAAUCAACGCGCUUGGGAGAUUUAGCGGUGCAAAGUUCGCGACUUUUUCCGAAAAAGGAAAAGAGAAAUGAACCAGCAUUUGAUUCUUCCGAGGGCUGGCCUUCCAAAGAGGUGGCAGAAGUUUGGCGACAUGAUUCUUCUCCCGGCUGGCAGAGAAUUCACCGCGGAAGAGCUCGGGAAUGGCGAAACUUGCUCAUUGAAUAUUUAUUAAAAAAAAUCAAAACGCACUACAAGGUGAAUCGAGUGGCACAGCAGCAGAUCAUCACGGACGAUGCUGUGCGUACCCCCGGAGCGACGCUCCUUUGUGGGGAUGAUCCGUGGGUGCUCCAGAAAGAAAACGGCAUCAGUUACGAAUACAAUCUGACGACGAACAUGUUCUCCAGAGGGAACAUCUCCGAAAAGAUCCGUUUUUCCAAACUUCAAGUCGACGGGGAAGUGAUUCUCGAUCUCUUCUGCGGCAUUGGCUACUGGGUAUUACAGAUGGCGAAGCAUCAAAAUCCAGCAAAAAUAAUCUGCGUCGAUCGGAAUCCAAACGCCACUGCUGCGCUAGAACGAAAUAUUUCUUUGAACAAACUAAAUAAAGAAAUAUUCGAAAUUCGGACGGACGAUUGUCGAAAUGUGAAGGGACUCAAUGCGAACAGAAUAUUUUUGGGCUUGAUACCCUGCUCCUGCUUUAUGAUCAAUGAGAAGACUUUGGAUCUGUUUGCGAAGGCGAGAACAAGCUGGAUUCAUAUCCAUCACAACUUUACUGAGGAUUGUGGGCAAAAGGGAACAAGGGCGGACACGAAGCUUAUUACCAGUGACUGCCUUGAAGAAGUCCGUCGCUCGGAUAAAAUAGAGGAUUUGAAGAUAACCGACGGACGUGAGAGUUGUGAGUCUGAGAAUAGUGGGCUGCUGCAACUGGCGAAUUUAUUUGCAAUAUCUUUGAUCGGAAAACGAAGUGACGUUGCUCAAAUCGUCCUCGUCAACUCUUCAAAAGUGAAAUCUUACGCUCCACAUGUCUAUCACUACGUUUUCGAUCUUGAAAUCAUUUGGAAGUAG